GCGGCCGGCGGGGCCGGCGCGCUGGGGCGGCGCUGAGCGGACUCCUCCUCCCCACCCUCCUCCUCCUCCUUCUCCUCCUCCUCCUCGCCUUCCUCCGACUCGGCCGCUGCGCCGCCGGGCUGCGCCUCCUUCCUCCCCCGGGCGCCCGCGGCGAUGUUUAACCGCGCCGUGAGCCGGCUGAGCAGGAAGCGGCCGCCGUCAGACAUCCAUGACAAUGAUGGUAGUUCCAGCAGCAGCCACCAGAGCCUCAAGAGCACGACCAAGUGGGCAUCCUCCCUAGAGAAUCUGCUGGAAGACCCUGAAGGCGUGAAGAGAUUCAGGGAAUUUUUAAAAAAGGAAUUCAGUGAAGAAAAUGUUCUGUUUUGGUUAGCGUGUGAAGACUUUAAGAAAAUGCAAGAUAAGAAGCAGAUGCAGGAAAAGGCCAAGGAGAUCUACAUGACCUUUCUUUCCAAUAAGGCCUCAUCCCAGGUCAAUGUGGAAGGGCAGUCGAGGCUCAAUGAGAAGAUCCUGGAAGAGCCACAUCCUCUGAUGUUCCAGAAACUCCAGGACCAGAUCUUCAACCUCAUGAAGUAUGACAGCUACAGCCGCUUCUUAAAGUCUGACUUGUUUUUAAAACACAAGCGAACUGAGGAGGAGGAGGAAGAUCAGCCUGAUGCUCAGACUUCAGCUAAACGAGCUUCCAGAAUUUAUAACACAUGAUCCCCGAGAAUGCCAGGACUGCUGCCUUCACAGAGCAGAGGGACUUAUUCUCAGAACUGUGCAGGAUUGUCAUUGCUUUGUAAUGUGCAAAGAUGGGAAUGUACAAAACCCCCGAGUGGGAUAUGUGUAUUUUAUUAACUGCUUGGCCAGUCAGUUUUGCAUGAUGACUAAUCUUACAUAAAAAAAAAAAGCUUUGAAAUUUCAGUUCACAAAACAGAAAUUCCUUCAAUAUUGGACACUGGGAGCAUUUCACAGCUUGAUUAAACUAUAUGAGGCCACAAGGUGAAAUAUACAGCCACAUGUACCUUACAAGCCUUGCUCUGGCUCUCUUGUGAGGGUGUGUGUGUGUCCUCAGAUUCCUUUGGCAAAGUAACUGAAGCCUGAGUUGAUCUGACAAACUCAGGCUGCAGGAGGCUAUUGUCUGUCAGUUGCCUGUUGGCUCAAAUACUUACCAAGAGCAAGUUCAGUGCUGGAAAAAGAAAGCGAAUCCCUGGCAGCUGCUAAAGAUUGGGGCUGUUGAAGUGUGAGCAUGACCAAAGGGUUAUCAUUUCUUGUGUGAAUGUGUGCUGGCCCUGGUUUUUCCCACAAUGCAUGGCAUUUCAUGCAAUGCAGAUAAAUAGCUGAUCUUGACAGAAACAAGGUCUCAGCUAGGAAAGGAAAGACAGUGGGGCAUUGUUCAGGGUGUCUAAGGCAGCUCCAGGGGGUGUCAAGUGGGACUGUAUAGCACCAGGUGUGUGCCGAAGAUGAGGUUGGUGGGGUGUGUUUCCAGCAUCUCUCCCCUCUGGGAGUGACCCUUUCUCCUUGCUCUUGGAGACACUGCCAGGGGAGCAUGCUUGGCCCAGUGGUCCCAGCAAGACGAGGUAACUCCUCUUUUAAAGGGACCUAGGUCAGGCUCAACUCCCUUCAGCUGCUGUGGCUGCUUCCAUAGACCUGGAUGCUGCUGCCAGCCCUUCCAGGAGUAUUUGCUAAGCCUUAAGGUGCGAUUUGUACAAACAAAGCAACAAGCCCCUGUUGCUUGUAAGCCUCCACAUCCAGGCUUCCCCACUUGGAAAAUUCCCUGAUGUUGAAGUGAUUAUAAUUUGUCUAUCAAACCAAGAAGCUUUCAAGAGCAAAGGGAAAGGUGGGGCAUGGUGGCACAUGCCUGGAAUUGUAGCACUCAGGAGGCUGAGGCAGGAAGAUUGCUGUGAGUUUGAAGCCAGCCUGGGCUACAUAGUGAGACCCUGUCUCAACUGAGAUGGGGAGGGGGAAGGGAAGAGAGAGACUCGCAGUAGUUUUAAUAAUGAUAUUGGGAUAAUGUUUAUUAUAAACCAGUUUGUACAGUCACUCUAUUCAUGACCUUCUCUUAUGAGACAUCUUGGGAGUGCCCCAUAUUCCGUAGGCUGAUUGUCCAUUUGCUGUGAUCCAGUGCUGCCCGUCCUUUCUUCUUGGGCCUGGAGAAGGGAUGGCUUUGGUCAGCCAUUCACUGCUGCAAACCCAGUAGCCCGCAGAGCAGUCGUGAGGAACAGCAAAUGCAGGUGUUCUCGGCUCUCCUCAGGUGCUUCCCAGCCAGGCCUUCUGCAUCUCUCUUCAUGCCAAUCCCUAGGGAGUGAGACAGCGCGGUUAAGAAAGGGAUCCCUCUAUUUCUCAAUAGAGAAGUACAGUCCUUGCCCAACAGAGUAGAUUGACAUUCUAAAAAGUACAGGCAAAGCCAGGGAUGUAGCUCAGCAGUACAGAUGCCUGCCUGGUAAGUGCUAGGUCCUGCGUUUGAUUCCAGGACCUGGGGGGGCGGGUGUGGAGGAGUGAAAAACAACAUGAUUUUCUUGCUUGACUUUCACUUGAUUGGCUAUGAACGUCCAGGGAUACAGCUGUGGGGAUAUGUGGGCAGCGGGCCAGCUCCUUUUUGAGAGCCCAGCCUGGACAGAGGCUUUUCCCCCUUCACUGUGGGGCUCAGAGACCUUUUUAUAUAACAAUGUCUUUAUAAGGCUCCAAGUGAAGAAAAUAGAAGGUCAACAGCCCUUCCCCGCUUGCUCUUUCUGACCGGCUGCAGCGCUGAAGCAUAUACACAAUUAACUUCUCUGAAGCUGUUGCAAAAGUGAGACUGAAGUGUAAGGGGUUGUGCACCCAAAUAAUGCGCUCAUCUCGUCCUUCACUUACAUCUGUAUGUCUGUCUAUCCAUCUAUUCACUUACACAUCCACCCACCCAAUUAGUGUUUAAAUUCUGUCUGCAGUGUUCUAGGAAUUGUCUGAGGUGCCAGGAUUCAGAGUGUAUGUGUAAAACCGCCACGAUGAUUCAUGCUCCAGUGGGAUUUAUAGGUGUCUUAAAGUUGUAAGUUUUGUUAUUAUUCAAGUGUUGAGCAAGGCCAACAGGUUGGAAAUAAUUCCACUGCAGAGUUUGCUACUCAGUUCUUUAGAAGAGUGGGACAAAUUGUGUCGUGUGAGGCCACGUGGGGAUGCACAGGAGGCAGAACAAGGGGAAAUGCAGGUAGCAGCCUUUAUUGUGAUUUCCUUGGGGAAGACAAGUGACAUCAGUAGGCUGAGGAAUAGUUAGUUUGCAGGAUUUUAUUGGACUCUGGGAUAUAAAGACUGUCCCCAGUUGUGUGUGACCUGGGCCACGGUUGAUGAAGGCAGGCACAUAAUGGCUCAGAGGAUGAGAGUCUGGUAAAGGAGAUGUGCAAAGCUUAUCUACUCUAGUUUGCAAAUUAAGAGCAUGCUCCAGGUAUUUGCCAUCGAGGAGUGAGCCACCCUGGAGAGGGCAGCCCCUCCAGGGCCAGCAAGGCUCCAGAUGUCUAAGCAUCAGAAGAAGAAGGCAAUGCGUAUAGUGCGAGGCCAGUGCUCUGCCACAGCCACAUCUGCAGCCUUAGGGUAUACGCUUUAAAUCUUGCACUGCAGAUGCCUUAGGCAGAGUGUCCUUUCUCUUUGGCCUGUCUCUGAUUGCCAAUCACAGCUACUGGCCCCUUCAGCCUGAAGUAGCCAGAAUGGUCAUCGCCCCUUGCCCCUCUUAUUCAGAGGGAGAAUAUUAUAGACAGCUAAGUUAUAAAUAAACAUAGGUAAUCAGGGAGUGCUGGGCCCUCCAGAGAGGUAAGACAAGUAAAAAUGCACUACAACUAUGCCCUGAGGUGCCUCAGUUAGAGACCAGACCUACAUACUCCCCAAGGGAUAAGUGAUAACACUUGGUCUAGUAAAAUCUAGAUAGGCAUCGGUCACCUCAGUGGGCAACCAAGAUCUCCAGAUCCCUCACCUACCUGAAAAGUUCUCUGUUCUUUCCAUGCCCACUUGCUGUGAGACUUGCUUCCCCAUCAGAUCAGUAUUACUUAAGCUGCUAUACUUACAAUCUUUGGUUGAAUACAGCUGUAACCCACAUUGUACCUUUGUGGUUGAGCUCCAUAAAACUUCCCCUGAAAAGUGGGGUCCUUGGGCAACCCACUUUCUGGUUGUCCCCUCCUGUCCUUCUCAGGCAGGAGCUUUCUAUUCUUCAAUAAAUAUUUCCUACUCUUAA